GGAUAAUUAACGUUAUAACCUUCGACAUGUUUUUCUUAAAAUGAACCAAAGAUGAACUCUUUGUCACCUUGUAUCUUUCUGAUUUCGUCACCUGUACUUACGACAAUGAGGAACGCCAAACAUUCGGCCUUCCUUCUGUCGCUUAGGGUCUUCAUCCUCUGUGGGUCAUGCACCGAUUGAAGUCUUUGCCUCUUUCAAAGGUCUGCUUACCCUUUGACGGUCAUGGAAAAAGUCCUAGACAACUCCGGACAAUCCAAACCAUCUAGACCUCUUGCACUGUCAGACGAACAGCAAAAACACGAUGUCGAAUUGCCUAUCCAGUCUCCAGGUGCGUUCAAAGGCAUUGCUUUGACAAGCGUAUGCACUUUGUCAAUGAUGCUAGUGUCUGUCACUACAUCCUCCUCCUUAAUUUCUCUGCCAGUUGUUGGAGCAGACCUCGGUAUUCGUGAGGACCAAUUGCAAUGGAUCCUCUCUGCUUACGCAUUGAGUUCGGGAUGCCUGCUGAUUCCGUUCGGACGUCUUGCGGAUCUUUACGGUAGACGUAUGAUCUUCAUCGUUGGCUGCGUACUUCAGGGCGCGUUUGCGUUGGGUUGUGGCUUUGCAAAUGAUCUCGUAACAAUUGGCGUUCUACGAGGCUUCCAAGGUCUUGGCGCUGCUGCCACGAUACCUGCUUCUCUUGGCAUUCUGGCUCAUGCCUUCCCUCCGGGAAACGCACGGUCCCUUGCUUUCGCUACGUUCUCAGCCGGUCAACCUCUCGGAGGCGGAGUGGGUUUCGCUCUCGGUGGUCUCCUCACAGAGUUCGCCCCUGCGACAUGGCGUUCCAUGUUCUUCGUUGUCGCCGGACUAUCAGUGCUCUGCAUCGCUGGUGCUCUCCUCUUGGUUGAGCGUGAUCGUCCAUCUACCGAGCAAGAUAAGCGGGUGGACUGGCUGGGAGCUAUUCUCGUCACUGCUGGAUUGACACUUGUUGUCUUCGUGCUUAGCGACGGUGAAGUUGCUCCAAGACAGUGGUCGACACCCUAUAUCAUAGCGCUUCUGGUUGUUGGCGUAGUUUUGACCACCGCAUUCUUCGUCUGGCAAUGGUACCUCGAACGCCCUAGCGUACGAGAGACAUAUUCUAGAUGGACACCACCACCACUUAUGAAGAUUUCUCUAUGGAGUAGAGGGAAUGGCAGAUUUGCUGCCAUGCAAUGUAUUGUCUUCUUCCUCAUGUGUGCCUUUCAAAGCUGGUUACUUUGGACUGUGUUGUACUAUGAGACCUACCAGAACUACACACCCGUUCUGAGUAUGAUCCGUAUGCUUCCCAUGAUUCCUGCUGGAAUUCUCUGCAAUAUUUUCAUUGGCUUGUUGGUGGGGAAGAUCCCUGGCGUCGUCCUUAUCGCUAUUGGGUGUUUGUGCACCGGUAUCGCAGGGUUGCUAUUUGCUCUCAUUAAUCCAGCUGCAUCAUACUGGGCAUUCGGCUUUCCCGCAGCUGUCCUCACCGUCGUCGGAGCUGAUUUCGUCUUCGCCGGAGGUAGUUUAUUCGUAGCCAAGCUUGCUCUUCCACAUGAACAGAGUCUCGCUGGAGGCUUGUUUCAAACUAUGGCUCAGCUCGGCAUUGCGUUCGGGUUGGCGAUCACAACGAUUGUCUUCGACCGUGUCAGGGCUCAGAAGUCCUUGAAUUUAGGUGUUGUUAUUGACAGUCAGGGCUCGAAUGCUCCUCGCGAAGCCCAAUUGCAAGCAUAUCGAGCGGCUCAAUGGACGAUCUUAGGGUUUGGUGCCUUGGCGAGUAUCCUUGCUGUCCUAUUCUUAAGAGGUGUUGGCGUUGUUGGAGGACCUCAUAAGCCAGAUCCAUCCGAAGAUGAGAAGAGCAAAAGCGAACAGACCAUGACAGCUGUGGAGGCGUGAUAGACUGGUUUCCCUUUUAUGCACGCAUAACUCGUAAUGGCUGUAACGGGUUUGACAUCACAUGGACUUGCAUCGUCAUGAUAGACUGACAUGCUUCCAUAGACUACUUUUACUAGAUAUCAUAAUGAUUGACUGUCAAUGGACCCCUUUGAUGUCUUUCCACGAAAUACAUAUAGUUGACGUGC